AUGUUUUCUUCUUCAACUCGCUUUGCCAUUCGGAAGAAUCUUGGAUUGCCAAAGCAACUUUCUUCAAUUUUGACCAGAACCCAUUUCAAUUACAUCCAUAGUUCUUCAGUGUCACCGUUUUCUCGGACAAUCAACCACGGGUUUUUGAAGUCCGGGUCUGUAAAUUAUACUCCCUCCUCUAAAGGAUCAGCAGCUCUUUGGGUUUCUAGACUUGAUCAUACAAUGGCCACCCAGUCCAACGCUCCUCAAUCAGUCCAUGACUUCGUUGUCAAGGACGCGAAAGGAAAUGAUGUUGAUCUUAGCAAAUAUAAGGGAAAGGUUCUUUUGAUUGUCAAUGUUGCAUCUCAAUGUGGUCUGACCAAUUCAAAUUAUACAGAGUUGACAAAGCUGUAUGAACAGUACAAAGAUCAAGGACUUGAGAUUCUUGCUUUUCCAUGCAACCAGUUUGGUUCACAAGAGCCUGGAAGUAAUGAGGAGAUUCAACAGUUUGCUUGCACCCGCUUUAAGGCUGAAUAUCCCAUAUUUGACAAGGUGGAUGUAAACGGUCCAACUGCUGCUCCCAUAUAUAAGUUCCUGAAGUCAAGCAAAGGAGGACUCUUUGGAGAUGGUAUCAAGUGGAAUUUCUCCAAAUUCCUUGUUGAUAAAGAUGGCCAUGUUGUUGACCGUUAUGCUCCCACCACAUCUCCUUUGAGCAUAGAGAAGGAUAUCAAGAAACUACUCGCAAAAGCUUGA